GGCUCGAGUCAGUCGCUAGAGAGCGCUUCGCACGUGUAACACGCCUCCUUACGGCUGUACCGUUUCACAAUCCGCCUCCCCGCCAGUAUAACUGCGCAAUCGUUUUCAAACGUCGUUUCACGUUCGCCCGGGAAACACUAUACUUUCUCACGCACGAGAUCUCCCGCGACUUUCAAUAUAUCGCGACGCGUUAACGGAGUUAAAGUAAUAUUUUUAAGUAAGGCAAUAGAACGGAUGAAACUUGACAAAUCGUUCGGCGUCGGUUUUUGAACGGGGUCAUCAAAAGAGAAAACUUUGACUUAGCAACAACAAAUUGUUGUAUGUAUAUUGAGAAAAACAUCGUGCCUACGGUCGGACUGAUUCGUGCAAUACGGACAUUUACGUGUGAUCAAUUUUUUGUUAUCUCGUUUUUUAAAUUUUAUUCCAUUGUUUUCGAGAUUAUUCUCUAUCAAGGUUCGUUCGAAUCAAAGUUUCGCGACGCUGUGAGCUCCGUUUUUGUGAACCAAGUGAGCGGGGCUCUCGAUCUCGGCGCCUCGAUUCGAACGUAAUAUCUACGUAUAUACGCGUACAUACAUAGUUCCGUUUUGUUCGCUUGGUGUUUGGGCCGUCGCACGCCACACGGUGCAAGUGCAACGUUGCCGUGACUUUCGGAGCGGGGGGGGAUUAUUUUGUGAUCUCUGUUGUUACACCCCUGGGACGCGCUUGACGAGUGAGAGAGAGAGCACCGAUGUUGCCAAGAGAAAAAACUAACGAAUGUGUCGCGUGAGCGAGCGAUCAAGCUACGUCUAUACAAACGAGUAAAAUUCUAGUGCAUCGCAAGCACUGUGACAUUGGGACGAGGAAAAAAGAGCACAAAUUCGCGAGAAAAGCAGCAAGUGUCAGGUGAAAAUUGAUUACAAAUGCGUGGAAAAAUAUUCUUUCCGACAUUGUAUUAAAAUUCUACGAGUGAAAAAAAUCUAAAAAAUAUACAAAAGUACAAAGAUCGAUGAAUUGAUAAUUCGUGUACAACAUCGUUAUAAAGUGUGCGUCAUCGAAGUUCGAGAAACGUGCUCCGUUCCAACUCCCGCCUAAUCGAGGCGGAUAACACACACAGCAGUGUCGGGUCACCAUUGCCGAGCGGAAGAUUCUUCAUAAACACACAUACAAGCACGCACACAACGCGCGAGCUACAGAUAUACGCAUUCUCGUGACUUUCAAACUGGGCGAGUGAAAAAAGCGGUGUUGCCGGAUCAGAGUACGAGUUGAACUCCCUCCCCCGAGGCGGUUCCCGGAGAAUUGAAAAAUAGGAGGAGUGAGAGGGAGAGCGCGCGAAUAGCGGGGCUCUCGAUCACGUGCUUACGAUCCUGCACCCAUCUCUGUCUCGCUCUCGAAGUGUGUCCAUCGAGUGUAUUCGCUGCGGCCCGCGUUUUUUUCGCUCCUAUGUAGAGAUAAUUCGCGGGCGAGUGUGUGAGUUUUAAAACAAGAGGGUGAGAACGUUCGUUCGAACGGUUGGCUUUUCGCGUACGUGAAAACAUUUAUCGCGGCUAAAUUUGCGCGAUCGAAAUUUCUCCCUCUCUCGUGCCGAGUGUCCAAUCGCGAGGAAGCGCGAGACCGAUGGUUUUUGAAUCCGUCUCGUCCCGUCGCUAUUUACGAAACGUCUGAACACGCUUUACCGAAUAUAUCUCGGUAUUGAAAAGGCAGCAAUACGCAAUCACCGAACUUGCCAUUGAAAAAUAAAAAUCAGACAGUUGAAAAAAAGUGCCGCGGAACUUUUCCGAGUGAAAUAUGAGCGCCCGUGUAUUGAAUCCAGUGAUGAUGAGCGAGUUGGGUCAUCGCGGUGGUAUGGUCGGUUCGACGAGAGUGGCACCGAGCAGAGUUGCUCUCGCCCGAGUCCGACGGGAUUUGUUCGGUCCCGUUGACCAUUCUGCAGCCCGUGCUCUCGCUGAGCGCGAACUACGGGCCCAAUCGUUGCUCGACGCUGAGCGUUGGGGCUUCGAUUUUCAUCUUGAAAUACCGCGUAAAAACUCGCGCUACGAGUGGGAACCCAUUACCGACGAAGAUGUUAUUCCCGAACCUUACGCUCUCCGAGGAAUGCCCUAUCUCCGGAAAAAUUCGCCUGGCACAUCCCGAAAGAACGAAGAAACGACGACGGGCGAGACUCUACCUCAAUCCUCGUCUUCCUCAUCGUCUUCUACCUCUUCGUCGUCCUCUUCCACGAGAAUAAAACGCUCCAUUGUCGUCGUCACGACCACGACACCUGUCAGCAUCGCUAGAAAAGCUGAGAGAACUCCUCCCCAAGAACCGAGAGUACCAGAAAUCAGCGAAACUGGCAUUCUCUCCGAUGAGCCGGAAAAUUUUGAAGAAGACACCACCGCUGUGAUCACAUGCCGGAGAAAGAAAGUCAAGUGCAUCGUUACCCACGAACCAACCACUCCUGUACUUAAGACCACAACGAGGAAGCAGUCAUCUAUUACAGAUUUCAUGAAGAGCCGCAAACGCACGCUAAACGGAAGCACGAAAAGCAUCGUCGAACUGCCAGAGAAGAUUGCCCGUAACGCGGGUCAGAUACGCAGCUAAAGCCCCGCGACCCUCCUUCAGCGUAAAAUUUUCCAUAAAUUUACUUCUUUUUAAGAUAUUUUUUUAUAAAAUUUCAUCGUCGCGUAAACUUAGACCUACGUACCCACCUCUCUCAGCCACUCUGCGUAUUACGAAUCCAUUUUUAUAAUUCGUUUUUUUUUUUUUUCUUUUUCGUUUCUUACCUCUCGUACUAUUUACUUUAGUUGUUCUCGAAACGAGAAAGAAAACACAAGUGCGCGACGAUCCUCCCGACGGAGAUUCAGUGAGUCGCUUCGACCUCCGGAUCACGAGUUUUUUCUUCUCCUUAUACAUAUACAAAUACUUCGUAUGUACAUUGAAAUCGGGAUCCGGAGCCCGGGAGGAUCGUCAAGUCCUUUGGCUGUGCCAUUCAGUUAGAUUAUCAAUCCGCCUGACACGCACCAGAGCGACCAAGUGUCCAUGUACACGAAACGUGUGUGGAGCUGAACGAGGGAAUCGCGCGCACGCGACAAUUUCAAAGAAAAAACGAUCAUUCAAAAGCGUCGAGGGGGAGGAGUGGAUCGAAGAACCGGAAGCUCUUCGUCGUCGUCGUCGUCAGUUCAGCCAAAAUUUCGAUUGAGAAUGUUAUCUCAAAAUUCAUUGUAAUAUAUUUGAUACUUUCUAUCUCCCCAAAAUCCGCAUAUUUAUUAACAGAAAAAAAAACGAUUGAGAAGAUAAAAGACAAAAACUCGGAGAGAAAUAUCGGAUUGGCCGUGCCUCAGCCAGGCGCGAAGCGCAGCCCAAGCGUACGACAAUUUUAGACUAAUCAGAGUUAAUCUAUCGGUAGCAACGCUAAGCAGAGAAUUUAUGUAGAUUUUUUUCUCCAUCGAGUCUUGGACUGGUCGUGACCGGUGAUUAAAUCAUGUGCAGGCUCAUCGUCCUUCGCAUCGAUUCCAUUUAUUUUCUCGAUCUUGGUUUCUAUCGCUUUGAGGAAGCGCCAACGAUCGUCUUGACAAACCUCGUUCUCACUUCCUCAAAAUAAUACGCUCGAAGAAUAAUAUCCAUGAGCACUUCCAACAGGAUAUUAUUCCCGGGUGUAGCGCCUUCCAAAUACCUCAUUUUAUGUCAAACCACCUUUUAAAGUCAAUUUGAAAAUCAAUCAAAAUAAUGGAGAUUAAAAUAAAGGAGAAAAUCGAGACUGGAAUGUGCUCUGAUGGAUCGAUGAAUCGACGAUCCGUCUCCGAGGGAUCGUGCAAAGCGAGAAAAUCAAGAUUUAAACGAAUCAUCGUUCGAGUGAGAAAAUCACUGUUCAAAUUACUUUUUAAAAAAAAAACAAACAAAUUUUGCUUCAAAUCGUUUCUCGUUGGUUGGGAUCAUAGAAAAUUUUCAUUCCCUUCAGACUUGUCGGGAUACAUCGAACCUCGUUAUUUCGUCGUGAAAUCCUUUUUCGAAUAUUUUUCAUUCGAACGAUGUUACCGGCUUUAAGAAAACUGUGUAAAUUCGAGACCCAAGAAAACGUGAAGUACGAAAUUGAAUUGCCGUUCGUCCGAUCGUGGCGGAAGUAAACAAGCUUUGUUUGCUUUACCUUUUGCCUGGAUCGUUGCUGUUAAAACUUGUUUCGAAAAGAACGUCGCCGGAGUUUGAACAAUGUAGCUCUACAACGCUGGAUCGUCAGUCGCGGAUAAAAAUCCUUUCUUCGGUCGUCACAUUGCCACUUUUCGAAAAGUUUGAGUUCGUCGAAUUUCCAAUAAAUUUAACUCUCUAAAAUAUUUCAAACAGGAUUAAAAAGUGGAUAAAUUUGAAAAAUUCGUCUGCGAAACUUCGAUCGUUGUUGAAAAAUUGUUUUCCUUUGUCUCAAAGGGGAACUAAUUUUUUCUCAAUAAUUGAAGAAACCAUUGUUUUGGAAUGUUUUUAAAUCGAUUUUGGUUCGACGAAACCGUCAUCACGGGACACCGACAAUUCAAUUUCGUACGCUCUUGAACCUCGAAUGUUACGCGGAAGGGUAGAAAUGUAGGAAAAAAAAUCGGAAGAAUCGCUCGCAGUUCCAAGAGCUCGUUAAAAUAGCAUUAAAAUAAUUGUACCCUACGUUACCCAAGAGUUUAAGCAUUGAUCUCCUGUACGACUUACGAGAAAGUACAGCCGAUGCCAAAUCAGUGAUCCUCCAUUAUUUGUUCAUGUUUUUUUCGUUCGUUAUUUUCUCUCCUCCCAUAUUGUUCAUUAAUUCAAUUUUUCUGAGUAAGCGAACAACCAAAAGUUUCAUUUCACUCGCUGCAUUUAUUCUCUUCAUUAUUUUUUUUCGAAUUAGUUCUAAAUAUAAAAGCCAUUCGUCACUGAUAUAUUCCUUCGUACUGUCAUCUGCGUGUCAGUGAUCAGGAGCAGAAGACGAAUCCUCGUUACUUGAAAAAAAAAAAAAAAAAAAAAAAAAUGAAAAAUAAUUAUAAAA